AUACUUUGCGCCUGCGCAGCACGUGCAGAUGUUGCAAGAUGGCGACCUUCAAUCCAAAGUCGUUUGACAAGAAGUUAAAGUCUCUUGAUGGUAGUCAGACUGGAAUAGAAACUUUGUCAUUGUGGAUUUUACAUCAUAGACAGCACGCAAACAUAAUAACAGCUACAUGGCUCGAUGCAGUUCGGAAAAGUCAGAGACCAGAGAGAAGACUUGGAUUGUUUUACCUUUCUAACGAUGUUGUGCAGAACGGUCGGCGAAAAGCAAAGGACUUAGUGUCUGCGUUUGGUAAUGUGAUGAAAGAAGCAACUCCUUUUUUAUGUGAUGACAAGAUCAAAGCACAAGUUGAGCGAGUUUUUAACAUUUGGCUUGAGCGAAGUGUGUUUGAUGCAGAGCUAAUUACAGAAUUAAAGAAAAAGCUUGAAGUUCCAUCUGAACAAAACAAGAAGGAAGAGUCUAAAGAUGAAAAGACGUUAGAAACGAAACCCCCUCCCGUACAGAGAAAGCAAGUUCCUCCCGAUUUUAAGGUAGCUAGCUUGUUGGUGUCAGUUAAGAAAACAACAAACUUAGAUCACGAUGUUGAGCGUAAAUCAAAAGCUUUGGAAAACUUGAAGAUCGACGCAUCGAGCUUUGAAUCAAUCAAACAUAUUAAAGACCGAUCAAGUGUGGGGAGGUUCCACAAGCAGUUUCAAGAAUCCAAAGUCAUUCUGGAUGAUUACAUUCACACGUUGAAGAAGAGUGAGAAGGACAAGAAAGUGUUGAUGAACUUGUUAUCAGGUGGUGAAGCGUUUUACGAAGUCGCGCAGGAUGAAGCAAAAGUUAUCGUCAACGCUUACAAGACUUUCGGCAAUCGUUUAAAUUUAAUGAAAAAGAAACUGGAUUCAAAGUUGAAAAAACUGGGUGCAACGCCAACAGGGGAUUCCAAGCGGCAAUCGAGUGAUCAAUUGGCUUCAAAUGUGGGGUCUACAGACGAAAAGAGAAAAAUAGAACGCAUAAGUAGUGUGACCAACAUAGAAGAUAUGGAUCUUGAUAGCGAUUCAGAAGAAGAAGUCCCUCCAUCCCAGAGGUACAACCCUAGCACAGCACCCUCGCAUGGAGAGACAACACCCGGGAAAAAUAAACCUGAAGAACACAGUAAACCGGCCUCACAAGCUCUGGAUGCCCAUCCUGUUUUUAUUCCAGUCGCUACAAACGGUAUGACGUCAUAUUUAAAUUCAACAGAGCAGAAAGGUUUGGUGACGAGUGAAAACAACGCGAUUGGAACUGCAGCGCAAGAAACUCCGCUAUCAGAAGGUUCUGUCGGGACCCCAGAUGGUUUGGUGAUAGCGGAAGACAAAGGUACGUCAAAAACACGCUUCACAUCUCUCUUUGAUAAAGCGAUAGAGUCUAAAACGACGGCAGCCCCAACGACGACGCCUGUAUUAGACGAGCAGAGGUCGGAUGCACAUACAUCGGAAUCGGAACAAGGCGAUAAGCCAUUGCAAUCGUUGAUCGACUCUUUGUUUCCUGUACUUAGCAAAAGUUUACAAACUAUCAAAGAAAAACAACAAGCAGUUGACGACGCAAAUAAACCAUCUGUAAAUGACGCAAUAGCCUACGCACUAGGUGCGCAGACAAACGACGAAGUUGCUCGAAAAAAAUCCCGUUUUGAAAACGAUGCGGCGCAAGUGUCGUUAACUAAUCCGAAAGGACUGUCCGAAACUCAAACGGAACUCAUUAGUAUAGCUGCAGGUAUAACUAAAUUCGGCGAGAACUUUCUACCCGUUACUCAACCCAACACAAGCCAUAGCAGCGACAGCGUAUUCGUGAAUCAUUCAAUAUCUAAUGACGGUAAUGUUCGACCAAGUGAUGAUGACGGGAUGGCCAAAGGCGGUAACGAGGAUUAUGAUAGAAGACGUGACGACAGAAAAUCCCGCCAUAAUUCUGGUCGUCAUCGUAGACGUUCUUCAAGUAGGUCACCUCCACGACGUUCUUCGCAUCGAUCUCGAGACGGUCGAGACGAACGACAUUUUGAUCGACGAAAAGCAUCCCGCCGUUCUCCUAGUCCCCGCAAAAGAAGAGGGAGUCGCAGCAGGAGGUCUUCGUCUAGGGAUCGUGAACGUCGUUUUUCUCCCGAUUCUAAGAAAGCGCCGUACUAUAACGAUCGCAGAUCUCCCACCCCAGAAUUAGACAGUGCAAUGAAUCCUCCUCCGCAAUUCAAUUCGCAGGCUGUACCUGGAUCAAUAAUGAAUCCGUUAAUGCCGGCACAUAACCACAUGAUUUCCAAUUCUAAUCCUAAUUUCCCAAAUCCUAAUUCAGGUGUGGCGAAUCAACCUUUCCACUUAGCACCAAACGUUCAAACUAAUGACUUAAAUGAAGCCGAAAUGCGAGCCAACUUUGAUCCUUCUGCGUCGUCAAAUAUGGAUGAUCCACAACAGAAAGACUCGGAUACAAGUCAACCAAAUGCUGCCACUAUUAUGCAGUUAACAAACUCGUUACGCCCACCCAUGCAGCCCUGUUCUGUUGGAAUAAAUGCUGAAGAGAGAUUAGGGCCAUCCACACCUUUCCCGAUGCAAGCAGCGAAUCCAUUGCAAUUGCUUCAACAAACUGAACACCAACCUUUUUUGCAUCCGGUGGGACAGACUGUAAUUUCUUUAAAUCCUCCCCAACACCAGCUAUUUUCACAUCAACUAGGCGAGGAUACUAGACAAGGCAAACCUCCGCCUGGUACAAUGUCUAAUCCAAUCCAGAAAUUAUCGCAGCAGUCAUUUUUGGCCGAAAGUAAACCAUUUCAAUCACAAAUCGCACCCAAUAUUCAAUCCUUCGAUGGACCUCCACCUUUUCCAGGUCCUCCGCCAGUCUUUAGGCCAACCAUGCCGAUGCAAGUCAUGGACGACACGUUUCCACAGCAGCCAAUAUUUCGACCAAGAUACGCGCCUCGCUUUGCUGAACCAGAUCCUUUAUUGGAUCAGUUAGAACAACAACAACACGUGCUAAACGUGGGCGUCAGACCAGCAAACGCCCCGCCAGAAUUCAAUCCGCGCUUAAGACCAAAUUUUGAUCUGCGUCCUGCUAUUAGAUUUCGGCCUCGAUUCAAUGCAAGGCCUCCGUUUCAUGGUAGGCCAGUCAUGUGAGCUGUAAUCACAAAAUAUUUCUGCAGCGUAAUUUUUCGUACACAAAAUUCUGUGUCAUUUCCGACUAACUAACAGGCUUCUGCAGGCCUUGGUUGUUUAAACGCGGUUAAACAUACCACUAUAAUAAUAACAGUAUUAAUGCAGAGGAUUGCGAUUAAAUUAUAUAUCCUUUUAUUUUUAAUGAGCAUGACAGGAGAACAAAAAUGGUAACCGUGUGUUUUCAAUCAUUUAUUUUUGUUGUGUGUAAGAAUAUUUCUCCGUAUUGUACUGCUUAUAAAGAUGUACAUAUAUUUAGUUUUGAAGAAAUAUAUAUAUGAUGUAUUA